AUGUAUAAAAUAACCUCAAGACUCCUGAGUAUUCCAAAAGAUAGUGCAAUUUUGUCAUCAGGUUUCAAGAAAAUCAACAGUGAAUUAGUAUGCAGUACAGGAAAAGUUAAUUUUCAUAAAUUUCACACUCAAAAUAAUCAAAAUGAUUACGAACGAUUGAGACAAAAUUUGAAUAAAAAGUUAAUAUAUUCAGUUUUGUUUGGCGUUGUAGCCUAUUCUUCGUAUAAGAUUUGGAAUCAAUACAAAGUAAUACCAAUUAUAACAGCAGCUGAACAAAUAGUAGAAACAGAAUCUGAUGCUGAAGUUGAUAAAAGAAAGAAAAGAUACAAAAAGGAAAAAAUUGGUUUCAGAGACAGGAAGAUUAUAGAAUAUGAGAAUCGAAUGAGAUCUUACUCUACUCCUGAUAAAAUAUUCAGAUAUUUUGCCACAGUCAAAUUAACAUUUGGUGAAAACACAGAAGUUUAUAUGACCCCUGACGAUUUCUUGAGAGCCAUCACUCCCGGCAUGAAACAACCUGAUGGUAUAAUAUUUUGUAUUAGAAUCAUCGAGUAUGAGAACAGAAUGCGUCAGUACUCGACGCCUGAUAAGGUAUUUCGUUACUUUGCAACCCUUCAGGCACAGCAUCACGACCAGCAUGAGGUCUUUAUGACCCCCGAUGACUUCCUGCGGUCUAUGACACCAGGGGUCAAACAGCCGGAUGGCUUGGGCUUAGAUCAGUACAGGCGAUAUGAUCCCAAGAACAUCGAUGAGACUAUAAGUCAUCGUCUCAAUUUGGACCUCGAUGAAGACUCAAUUUUUUACAAGCUGGGCUCCUCUGGUCUCAUAACUUUCAGCGACUACAUCUUUUUGCUGACCGUACUAUCAACCUCCCGUCGUCACUUCGAGAUCGCGUUCCGUAUGUUCGACCUGAACGGUGACGGUGAUGUCGACUGUGAGGAAUUCGAAAAAGUCGCUGCCCUCAUCAGACAACAGAGCAGUAUAGGUUCAAGACACAGAGACCACGCCAACACUGGGAACACUUUCAAGGGAAUAAAUUCAGCUCUGACAACAUAUUUCUUUGGACCUAAACUAAAUGAGAAGCUGACCAUAGAGAAGUUUUUGGAUUUCCAACAUCAGCUGCAGAAUGAGAUUUUGUCUCUCGAAUUUCAAAGAAAACAACCUGAUGAAAAUGGACGAAUAACUGAGGCAGAUUUUGCUGAACUGCUGUUGGCCUAUGCCGGUUACCCUGCUAAGAAGAAGGCUAGAAUGCUCAAGAGAGUUAAGAAAAUGUUCCGAGAUCACGGCGUGGGUAUUACCAGAGAGGAUUACUUGAAGUUCUUUCAUCUCCUUAACAAUAUCAACGACGUUGACACCGCGCUUACCUUCUACCACAUAGCGGGAGCAUCCAUAGACCAGCCUACUUUGAGACACGUAGCUAGGACCGUGGCCCACGUAGACCUAGACCCGCACGUUAUUAAUGUAGUCUUCACUAUAUUUGAUGAAAACAUGGACGGACAGCUCAGUAACAGGGAGUUCGUGGCUGUGAUGAAGAACAGGUUGCUGAGAGGUUUAGAAAAACCCAAAGACACUGGUUUCGUCAAAUUAAUGCACUCACUAAUAAAAUGCGCUAGAGAUACCAAACCAGCUUUACUAGACUUCUGA